AUGGUACUAAGGAGGUCCAUGGAAGGGGAUAGAAAUUACACUACUGUGGCCAUGUUUGUUCUUCUGGGACUGUCAGAUAAAAAAGAGGUGCAGUUUAUCCUCUUUCCUAUCUUCCUAGGGAUCUACCUUGUGACCCUAAUCUGGAACCUGGGUCUCAUCAUCCUAAUCAGGAUGGACUCCCAUCUGCACACACCUAUGUACCUUUUCCUCAGUUUCCUGUCAUUUAUAGACAUCUGCUAUUCUUCUUCUGCCACACCAAGGAUGCUUUCAGACUUCUUAAAAAUGAAAAAAACUAUUUCUUUCAUUUCCUGUGCCACCCAGUACUUUGUUGGGUCCUGGAUGGCGCACGCUGAGUGCUACCUCUUGGCCGCCAUGGCCUAUGACAGAUAUGUUGCUAUUGGUAGGCCUCUGCAGUACUCAGCCAUCAUGGCUUCUGGUCUCUGUCAGAUGAUGAUUGCUGGGGCCUAUGGGAGUGGUUUCCUUGGUAGCAUAGUCCAAACAGUACCUUGCUUUUGUCUCUACUUCUGUGGCCCCAAUAUCAUUCCAACUUUCUUUUGUGACAUAACCCAUAUCAUUUCCUUGUCUUGUUCCAAUCCCUUCAUCAGCCACAUGAUUCUUUUUCUGGAAUCUAUUUUUGUUGGGUUCAGUUCUUUCCUUGUUAUUCUCUUAUCCUAUGGAUUUAUUGCAUCUUCCAUCCUAAAAAUAUCCUCUGUCAAAGGUAGUGCCAAGGCCUUCAAUACCUGUACCUCCCACCUGGCAGUUGUGACAAUCUUCUAUGGAACAGGCCUCUCUGUGUACCUACAUCCCAGCUCUAGCCACUCUGAGAAGCAGGAUAAGUUGCUGUCAGUGUUCUAUGUUAUCCUUAUCCCUAUGUUAAACCCUGUUAUCUAUAGUCUGAGGAACAAGGAGAUCAAAGAAGCCCUCAAGAGGAUGGUAAAGAGGGCAAUACAUUUACCUCAGUAA